AUGCGCAAAGAUCUAUCAACCCAGGCAUCGCUCGCUCUCGUUACAGUGCGCACCUAUGGUGGCCGUGAUCGAUGUGGCUCAAGUCUUACGGUCUAUGGGAGCCCAAUUCAGUGGCACCCGCAGGUGCUUUUUCGCGUGCGAUCUGCGUUUUCGAUAUGUCUGCCAAUGCGCCGCCAGGGCGCGGCUUCUUCUUCUCUUUCUUCUUCUUAUCUUUGUUUUGUCUUCUUUUUCGCUGGUCCUCUUUCGCGUUGUCUUGCCAUGAGCUCCCUUCGCGAGCAGCGCUGUGCCUGGCAAGGUCCUGCCUGCGGCUUGGUAUCGAUGACUCGCGCCCCCGGGUUGCGGCUCCUGGCGGCGCCGGCCGCCGCCGCCCUCGCGGCCGCGGCUCUGACUGCGCCGCCGCCGGCGGACGCCCUGCCAGCGGUCUCGUGCCCGCCGGCGCCGUUGCUCGCGCACCAUGCCGGCGGCCCGGCCGCCCCGGAGCACCCGGACCGCGCCGACUGCGCCGCGGGCCUCGAGGCCCCGCACGUGGCGCUGCUGCAGUCCAAGCUGAACCUGGGCGGCGCCGCGCCCCGCGCCGACGGCCCGCGCGCCGCCCUGGCGGAGUGGUUCGCGGAGGCCGACGCCGACCGCGACGGUCUGCUCACCGCGGCCGAGUUCGGCGCCUGGGCGGGGGCGCCUUCCACUGCCGGCGCCGCGCUGGGUGUGGCGCCGGCCGUGACGGCGGAGCUGGACCGAG